AUGGUUAGUUCAGUUUUAAAUAAAUUUCAAGGAAUCAAUUGGGAGGAUAUUCAAUGGGAACAAAAUUAUGAUAAAUGGUUGGCUUAUGGACAAAGUAAAACAGCAAAUAUUUUAUUUGCUUUACAAAUGAAUGAAUUAUACAAAUCCAAAGGAAUUUGUUCAUUUGCAUUAAAUCCCGGUGCAAUUAUGACAAAUUUACAAAAUGUUCUGUCUAAAGAAGAACAACAGUCAAUGGGAUAUUUUAAAGAUGAUGGAAGUUUAGCAGAUUUUUUUAAAAGUGUUCAACAAGGUGCAGCAACAAGUGUUUAUGCCGCUUUGGAUCCUCAAUUGGUUCAUUCCAAAGAAAUUUAUUUAGAAAAUUGUCAACUUUCGAAUGUUGUCAAUGAUAACAAAACUGAAUUUGUUGGUCGCGCUACACACGCUGCGGAUCUGAAUGAAGCAAAAAAACUUUGGAUUUUAAGUGAAAAUCUACUUGAGAAUUGUCGAAAAACUUAA